AUGGUUGCUCAAAAGGCAAGAAUCGCGACGCUCGAGGUCGAGAGAGAUCGGGACAUUCGUCGUGCUUCCCGUAUCGCUCGUCGUGCUAUUGCGACCCGCAAGAAGAAGGAAGUAUCCGCUGAGAUCCAGCUGCAAGAAGUGAUCGCCAACAUCGAACUUCUGAACGAGCUCAAGGAUGGGGGCCUGACUGUGGACGCAGAGCUUGCUCGUUUAAAGGAGAUGGAAGGAGAUUGUGAGAAUUUCGUCGCUUCAGCCGCCGUGCCGGAUUGGUCGAUCUCCAAGCUCGAUCUUCCUCAAGUCGGGGUGCGAACUCGAACUUGUGGUGCUAAUGCGGAACGCUUUCGAACCGAAGACGUGAGCGAAGCGCUCACAGAAUUUCUUCGUGAGGAGACCCGACUUCCGCAGGCUUCAACCCAAGAGGCCAAGGACCUCGAGGGUGAAAAGUCUGUUGCUCGUGUUAAGUCGAGUAGCCCAACAAGUUCGGAGGGGCGUGACCGCUCCCCGAAGAAGGCGAAGACGAAUGGCUCGGACCAUUGUCUCGGUGUCUCAGGUGAAGCGGCUGUUGCUAAACCAUUUCAUUGCCAGUUCGCACACUCUAAUGAUUGCCCUAUUACGGAAGAUCCGGAUAGUGUUGCUCACUUAGUGAGGCACUUCAAACCUGCUGGAUGUCCGCUUCCUUCUUUGCGAAAUAUGACGGAACGCGAGGCUUAUGUAAAGAUGGUUGUGGCUCAUGCUAAGGCUAUGGAGGCUAACAACGAGUUCGCGGCGACUUUGGAAAAGCGCAUGCAAGAUGUCCCGCGCUCUGAUGAGCUUUACGAGAUAAAUAAGGUCGUUCGAGAUCUAAAGCACGGUUUGAAUAUGGCUCAAGAUCGGGAGCGUGCAAAUGCCGCUCAACUGGCCGCUGCUGAGAAAUUGGGGAAUCAGGCUGCUUCGCUCGAAGCUCGUCUGCGAGUUGUGAGUAACGAGAGGAAAUCGGCCCUCGAGCAAGUUUCCGUUUUGGAAGCGAAGGUUGUAUCCUCUGCUAAUAAAUUCUCUGACGACCUUCGUCGCGCAACUUAUGAUGCUAAAAAGGCUUUGGCGGACAGCUACUUGGACGUGUUGGUAUCUCUGAAGGAAAAGUGGGAGAAGAAGAAGGCCGCAACUGAUUGUGAAGCUCGUCUUACGGAGGUUAUGGCAAAUAUAGAUCUCUUUAAGGAAAUCAUGAACAACAAUCUUUUGGCCUCAGACGAGUUGUUGCGACUACGAACGAAGGAGGUCGAGCUCGGGUCCGAGCUCGAAGUGAUGGCGGUUUCGGAUUUUUCCGUUGGGAAGCUCGAUUUGCCUCAAAUUUCGGAGGAUCUGCCAGAAGAUUUCUUUGCUAGGGACUCUUCCGCGGCGAAUGGUGCGGAUGACGUGACGAAGCGCUUGGGUGGUCAGUUCGAGGAUGGCGAAUUCGGCAAUGAAGAGUAG